AUGCCAUUUGUUCAUCCUGCUAGUGAGCCUGAAGGGCAUAAUUUCAAGAAAUUCUUCAAUAAACUGAGUGGCCAACCUUCAAGUUACGCACAAAAGGCUGACUAUAUUUUUGGUAAGACCCUUGGUGCAGGAUCAUUUGGUAUUGUUAGACAAGCAAGAAGAAUAUCAACAAAGGAAGAAGUUGCUAUCAAGAUUGUCUUGAAAAAAGCUUUAAAGGGGAAUGAAAAAGUGUUUUAUGAUGAAUUAGCAUUAUUACAAAAAUGUAAACAUCCAAAUAUUGUUGGUUUUAGAGAUUGGUUUGAAAGUAAAGAUAAAUUUUAUAUUGUUACACAAUUAGCUACUGGUGGUGAAUUAUUUGAUAGAAUUGUGAAGCAAGGUAAAUUCACAGAAGAAGAUGGUGUCGAUGUUGUUGUUCAAAUCUUACAAGCCGUUGAAUAUUUACAUGAUGAAUUAAAUAUUGUGCAUAGAGAUUUGAAACCAGAAAAUUUACUUUAUAUUUCAGAUGAUCCACAAUCUCAAUUAGUUCUUGCUGAUUUUGGUAUUGCAAAAGAAUUAUUAACUCCAAAUGAAGUUUUAACUAGUGCUGCUGGUAGUUUUGGUUAUUGUGCACCAGAAGUAUUGACUGGUACAGGACAUGGUAAACCUUGUGAUAUAUGGUCACUUGGUGUUAUCGCUUUCACAUUGUUAGGUGGGUAUUCACCAUUUAGAUCUGAAAAUGUUAAUGAUUUUUUACAAGAAGUUCAAAAUGAUCCAGUUGUAAUUUUCCAUAAACAAUAUUGGAAAACUUUAUCAGAAUAUUCAAAGAAUUUUAUUAAACGUUGUUUAAUAGUUGAUCCAAAUUCAAGACCAAGUGCAAAAGAAUUGUUAUCAGAUCCUUGGAUAACAACCAAUUCAGAAUCUUAUGAUAAGGAAGAUUUAGCUCCACAAAUUAGAAAAUUCAAUGCUAAAAAGAAAUUCAGACAAGCUGUUGAAAUUGUCAAGUUGAAUAAUAGAAUUAAAAAAUUAAGAGAAUUAGAAGAUUUCAGUGAAGGUGAAGCCGAUGAAGAUUCCGACUUGGAAUGGUGUAAAAGAGAAAGCGAUGGAUCAAGUCCAUUUGAUUUAUCAAGUUUAGUUAAUUCUAUCAAAUCAAGUUCUACUGCAACUUCUGGAUCAAGUGCUAAAUCAGAGGAAAGAUCUGAGCUAAACGCUAGUUUAUUUCAUCAAGUUGUAAGAGCCGCUACAAAUAAUAAAGAGAAAGUAUUGAAUUAUGAUAAAGAAUUAGCUGCUAAAAAUGAAACUGAUGGACCAGGACCUCAAUAG